CUGCGGGAUAGAGAAAGAUGACUUCUCUCGUCUUUUUCGAAGCCACCAUAACAGUGUUAUGUUUCUACUCCAUAAAUUCUUUUUGAACACACGUGGAAACACAGUAACAUUACAGCAACGUUAACUCUAUACCUCUCUCCAUUUUUUUUCCUAUUCCUUGAUUCUCUCUUUCUCAAUCUUUGUUGUUUAGGUGUUUUUGACCCUCUCGCCCUAUUUAUGGUUUCAAUUUACUAAUAUUAUUAUAUAUUGAUACCCCUUUUGAGAUUAUUCCUCAAUCUUGAGAAAUUUGUCAAAACGAAAAGAAAGAAAGAAAAAGAAGUAAUGCAAGCAAUUCAGCCAGGAGUCAACAAUGGAGUUGCUGAUGGUUCUCCAGCAGAGGCUGAUCCCAAAAAUGCGGAACCCUCAAAUGAAGUAUUAAAUCCAGAACCAAGUGAAAGACGCUCUGAUCUUUCACUUCAAAUCCCACCUAGACCUGUAGGUUUUGGCAGUAGCUGUAGUGGGAAAGGCUUACUCCACUCUCAAAAUUCAUAUAAAAGCAAUUCACCAGGAAGCUUGUUGCAGACUUUCAGCUUGAAGCGAAAAUCUGCUGCCCCUGAUGGUGAGAAGAGUUCUCUCCUUAAUUCAGACCACAUGACAGCUCUAGAUAGUCCUAUUAUGGCCAGCUUCAAGUCGGCUUUUUCUUGGGAAAGAUGCACUUCUCUUCCUGUCACACCUGCAUCAAACUUGUCCCCUUCCCCUUCCGUUUCCAUGCCUGAUUCAGCAAGAAUGCCUGUUGAAUCUCAUAAAAUAAAAAAAGUGGCUGGUCAUGUGAUUCCAAGGUCCCUUUCUGUUCCUGGGCGAAAUGUUGUUAUUGUCCAAUCUGCAUCUUUUGCUACUCAUGAUGAGCAUGUUGCAACAGAUCCUAGCAAUGCAGAUCAAAUAACACCUGUUCCAAUGCAAGCCGAUGAUGAAGAAAUUGCUGAAGAGGAAGCUGUAUGUAGGAUCUGUUUUGAUGUAUGUGAAGAAGGAAAUACACUCAAAAUGGAAUGCAGUUGCAAAGGUGACCUCAGACUUGUACAUGAAGACUGUGCAAUUAAGUGGUUUAGCACCAAAGGAAACAAGUAUUGUGAUGUAUGCGGGCAAGAAGUUAAGAACUUGCCUGUAACUUUGCUGCGGGCAACAAGCUUAGCCCAAAGAAAUAACAGACAGGAACAGAGUCGCCAGAGGUUGCAGCAAAUAAGUGCCUGGCAGGACUUUGUUGUGCUUGUCUUAAUUAGCACCAUAUGCUAUUUCUUCUUCUUGGAGCAAGUGUUGAUUCGUGACAUGAAGACUCAAGCAAUUAUAGUUGCUGCACCAUUUGCAUUUACAUUGGGCCUUUUGUCAUCUAUCUUUGCGGUCAUUCUAGCAAUCAGAGAGUAUAUAUGGACAUUUGCUGCACUUGAGUUUGCAUCUGUGGCCAUCACUGUCCACAUAUUCUACAGUAUGUUUCAUCUGAAGAUCAUUUAUGCGAUACUCCUUUCAUCUGUUUUGGGCUUUGGGAUAGCUAUGAGCCUCAACUCAUUGUACUUUCAAUAUUAUGCUUGGCGAGUUCAGGUUGGUCAGAACCAGAACCAGAACCAGAACCAGAACUCAAAUCCAGUAUGAGUUGGUAUCAGAGUGAAAUGAGGUCUAGCAUAUUAUGCUUGUGAUAGAUUUAUGGUGUGCAUAUCUGUUGUUUAUCACCACCCAGUUAACUUGGAAACAUACUAAGAAAUACCAGACAGUAAGUUCUUGUUCUUAGACAAUUUCAAGGUAUGUUGCCAAAUGAAGGAAAUUCACAUGCAUGA